AUAGUGUUAGCAGGGCUUCCUGUCGCGCGGGUGCUGCUGACGAACGGCGAAGUAGACGAAGCGCGCGACAUCACGAGCCAAUCGGUUUCACGAGCCCGCGUGCUGCCUCAUCGCUCGUCACCGAGAAAGCACACGUCUGCUCCAGGAGCCAGCCCCCUCGUUUCUGCACCUGCCAAUCUACUACGCCGCCUUGUCCGCCAUGCAGUCCAAGCCUGCAUACCCUCCAGGGAAGCGGAAACGCCCGAAUCCCCGCAAACCUUCCGUCUCGUCCAGCUCGGCUUCAUCAAAACGAAAAAGCCAACGUUCGUAUAGUAUGAAGCCAGUAGAGAAGAAAGCAGACCUCACGGCAAAAGACACCAAGUCCAAGACCAAGAAGGAUGGCGCAGGAAGCACUACAAGGACCACAAGGAAAAGCCAACGUUCGUAUAGUAUGAAGCCAGUAGCGAAGAAAGCAGAACUCACGGAGAGGGACACCAAGUCGAUCUUGAAGAACGGCGGAGAAACCACUGGAGGGACCACAAGGGGACGCAGUAAGAACUGGAUAGAUGAUUUCCCGGAUCCGAAACCAAUUGCGGCUGGCCAGUCGACCAGAGGUCGCCACUCAAAAGCCAAGAAGAUAGCCAUCAUUGCGAUAGCACUGCUCUUCAUCUGCGGAGCCCUGCUGACGAUCGGGAUAUGGGCCCUCUCUCAUGCCUCGGUAACGUUCUGCGACACGUCAGAUUGCCUUAGACAUGUCAUUGAGCUCAAGGAGGCCAUGGACACUAGCGUCGACCCCUGCUACGACUUCUACAAGUUCACGUGUGGCUCCUGGAAGCCAAAACAGAGAGAGCGGUCCAUGAUUGCGCGAGUCUUCGACGAGUCGACGGACCGCGCCAUUAGCGAAAUGGAGGGCCCGAGAGAGAAGACUAUUGCGCCCAAAGCAGUGGACUAUUUCAAGAGCUGCAUCCAGCGACGCGAUUUCACGUUGGAUGAUCUGCGAGUCUAUUUCAACUUCAAGGAGCAAAUCGGUUUCUUGUGGCCGGAGAAGAAUCAACCAGCCAUCGAUGCACUGCUCCCGCUGCUGAACCUCACUAUCAACUGGAACAUCAACUUGCUCUUCCACCUGCGCGCCUUGCCCGCAUACAAGCGGAGGCCACAGACGCUGUACAUUAGACGCGGCAUAGUGAGCACCAGGUGGUUGGAUCCCACGUGGACACCCGCCACGUUUGCCGAAGCCGUCAAACAGCACUGCGCCCUACUCAGGAUCGAACCGCCGAAUGCCUCAAGCAUCGAUGCACUGAAGAUCACCGUGGAGGACAUCGUAGACGCCGCGGUCAAAGUACCGCCGGACGCCACGAGCGACACGCAGUUCACGCUCAGAGAGAUCGAGGUGCUGAUGCCCAAAAGGACGGACGAGUGGCUCAGCAACGUGAACAAACUGCACAGUCCCCAGUUCACGUGGACGCUGGACAGCGCCGUUGCUCUCGAAGACGACACGAUAUUGCAGAAUGUAUACGCCCUGCUACAGAAGUACAAGGAAAAGAAGCAGACGCUCAUGGAAGGCUUUUCGUUCGUUUUCCUUCGAAUGUCCCUGUGGUUGUUCGCAGGGAAACCAGAGUUGCGCCAUGGGCCCGAUCCCGAAGUGGGCCGCAAUAUAUGGAAGCGGACCUGCCUCAAAUACACGACUGGCCACUUCGGCCUGCUCGUCGCGGCCAAGCACAUUUACGCGCGCUACAGCAGCAGUGUGCGCAACGAGCUCGAACGUUUCCACCAGAGCAUUCAGGCCGCGAUGAAGCAGCAGCUGGAAGACGCCUACUGGAUCGAAGCCUCCAUCAGGAGUCGGGCGGUUAUCAAGAUCGAAGAGCUGACGCUGAACGCGAUGCCAGAGGAGAACUUCUUCUCCGAAGUUAACCUGGCCGGCCUGUACCGGGACUUCCCAAAGAUCAAUGCGUCAUUCAUAAGCAACUACAUCGCGGUCGCAGCCGCCUACCGGCGCCUCAUCGGCCACGACAGCUUUAUCAGCGUCUACUCCAAACAGUUCGGGGCCGGCGCGCCCAGCCGAUACAACUACUACUACAACAUCGCCUACAUGGCACUGGGCGCCAUGGAGCCUCCCAUACUCUACUUGAACGGUACCAAGGCCAUGAUUUACGGCAGCUUCGGCACGCUCAUCGCCGGGUGCAUGGUGCGCUCGCUCGACAGGCGCGGCGUCCUCGUCAACGACCUGGGCAGAAAGGAGAAGUGGUGGGACUCGCCAGCCUACACAGAACGAAUCAGCUGCGACUUGUUGUCCGGAAGCAAGCAUGAUGGCGGGGGAACUGGCCAGAGUCCGAAAGCGAAGUCGAUUGGCGGCCGCGACCCGCGCGAGGUUCGUUUUUCGGCCUUGUUCCCAUUGGCACCGGGACUGGCCGUGUCGUUCAUGGCGCACCGCGUGGCUGUGACCAAAGAAGGCACGUACGUCCAGCACCGCCUGCGCGGCUUUGAAGAUUACACAGACGACCAGCUCUUCUUCCUGACCUACUGCCUCAUGACGUGCGCCACAAACAGCAGCGGCGAGAUGUGCAACGUACCAAUGCGACAGACGCAGGCGUUCGCCGACGCGUACCAAUGCCCCUUCGAAUCGCCGAUGAACCCGAGUAAGAAGUGUACAUUCUUCUAGUAACUGCAAGACCCAAGUUUAUAUUUAUUCAUUUAUCUAUAUGCUUCGCUGCGUUAUUGUUGUUCGCUUUUGUAAUGUAGUUUUUAUGGCAGUUCUUUCGAUUGACAGACGUUGCGCUCACCCCGCAAUAUUGUUCUCAAUAUUUCUCCUAUGACUCCGCGCGCGCAGUUUAUUUAUGUUUUUUUUUUCUGAAUCCAAGCGUAGGUGUCAUACUGGCUCAGUCAUUGAUGUUGAGCAUGGACUGAAAAAUCGCAUGUUUGCCUUAUAAGCGCGAUCUCCUGCUUCGCAGACUUAGGAUAUAGCUACAGCUUUACUGCAACGAACUCCAGUCGCUUUCGCAAGCUGAUGUGCAAUUCCUGUCGGCGCUCCAGUGACUGGUCGCAUCACAUACCAUCUUUAACAGCGAACAGCCAGAAUGACCGCCGGACGAGGCUGCACACGAGUGCUGCCGCGAUUUCAAGUGCCUAUGUGCGCCUUAUACAUUUUCUGCGUGUGAAAACAUUGUAAAUAACUGGGCAACACUGCCGGAAAGUGGUCGUCAGAACCUGUCGAUUGUGUGUGAUAUGAUGUUACGCAAUUUAGAGGCUCGCCAAUAUGCUGGACAGUGAUGUUCUUUAAAGGGAUUCUGAACCACUUUUCAACGAAGUGGAGAAAGGCCUUCGACGUUAACAUGAAUUAUUUGUAAAUACUUUGCCGCGAAAAGUAUUUCAAUGUCUAACAUCGUCAUGGCACGCAGUUCAAAUUUGGUUUUGGAUGUUCGCAAAGGCGUCACUACUUCCGAAUUUGGCAGCAACACCGGGUCAACCUCGAAGGCUGUCCUUCAGCUUACGAUGUCUCAUCCCUUUGCUGUGCUACAGUGUACUAGCUACGCGAGGCUAUUCUCGAAUCAAGUAACACGAGUAGCUCAUUUUCUUUCGCAUUUAAGAUGACGACGGUGAUGAUGAUGAUGACGAUGAUGAUAGUGCCUUAUUUAAUGGCACAAAUCCAAUGGGGGGCAUAGGCCAUGAACCAGGUGGUAAUAUGAUAAAAAAGGAGGCGGAAAUGAAUGAAUAAUCGAAGAUGAGAAAAUUAAAUAAAUUAGCGUAAAACGCGGUAAUCGGUCUUGGAAAGAUAGGAAUAGUAAUAUGCACCUAAUAUUAGGAAUACUUAAAGGGUAUAUGUAAAGAUUGAAUUAGUUAGGUGUUGAAUAAUAUCAAUCAUUACUGUGAAUUCGUGUUCUUGCUAUUCGAAUUUUUUAAAUUAAUAAUUUUUCGAUGGAGAAAUAAAAGCACAUGGGAACUAUUA